AUGGCCAAUUCCUUCUGGGACACCACAGCCAUCUCCUAUGCAGGUUGCACUACCCAGGUCUUCUUCUUUGUUAUGUUUGUAGCAGCAGAGUUUUAUAUUCUCACCAUCAUGGCCUAUGACCGCUACAUUGCCAUCUGCAAACCCCUGCACUAUGGGACAAUAAUGGCCAGCAGAACUUGCGUCAACAUGGCAGCAUCUGCUUGGGGUAGUGGGUUUCUCCAUGCUGUGCUGCACACUGCCAAUACCUUUUCCCUCCCACUCUGCCAAGGCAAUGCCCUGGACCAGUUCUUCUGUGAAAUUCCACAGAUCCUCAAGCUCUCCUGCUCAGAUGCCUACCUCAGAGAAGUUGGGCUUCUUGUGGUUAGUGCUGUUUUAGCAUCUGGGUGUUUUGUUUUCCUUGUGCUCUCCUAUGUGCAGAUCUUCAGGACCGUGCUGAGGAUCCCCUCCCAGCAUGGCCGGCACAAAACCUUUUCCACAUGCCUCCCUCACCCGGCCGUGGUCUCUCUGUUCAUCAUCACUGACAUAUUUUCCCACCUGAAGCCUCCCUCCAUGUCCUCCUCAUCCCUGAAUAUUUUGCUGGCAGUUAUGUACUCAGUGAUACCUCCAGCAGUGAACCCCCUCAUCUACAGCAUGAGGAAUCAGGAGCUAAAAGAUUCAGUGUGGAAAUUGAUGACUGGAUGA